CUGUGAAACUAAUAUUCAUUUUAUAACCGAUUUGAGAUGAGAUGAUGAACUGAGGUAGAUUGCACAUCGAAUGAUAAACAGCAUGGUGAUAACAGAACAAGACAAGACAUCAGAAGACUUACAUAAAGAUAGAGAACCUGAGGAAACAGAUGGAAACAUUGAAAACAAGGCAAGAUGAAGAUUCCAAACGAAUGUUGAAGGACAAGAAAAGGAGAGAACAUGAACUAGAAACAUACAAAAAACAAACUAAAGAGAAAGAAGCUCUGACAAAGAAGAGAAUAGAUGAUUUGGAGACAUGUAAUAAAACUCUUACUCUAAAUGAAGAAGAUACCCUUCAGCGACAACAACAAUUAUCAUUUGAUGCCUGUCUACAUGGUACAUUGUCUAACAUAAAACACAUGGUGAACGAAGAUAUUAAAGCCAGAGACAUUAAGGAUAGGACACCGUUAUUUAGAUAUUGUGAAUCACGUGUAAGUGUUGUGGAUAAAAUACAAUAUCUGGUCAGUCACCAGGCUGACAUGAACCAUAAAGACAGUAAUAAUAAUACCAUAUUACACUGGGCAUGUGGGUUCAGUACUUUAUCUACAGUGCAAUAUCUAGCUCAUGAUUUACACAUGGAUGUUAAUGCAGCAGGUCAUAACAAGGAGACACAGUUAUUUCACUGUUGUCAAUCAAGUGUAAGUCCUGUAGAUAAAAUACAAUAUCUAGUCAGUCAUCAGGCUAAUAUUAACGCUAGAGACAGUAUUAAUAUUACCAUCUUACACUUGGCAUGGAUGUUUGGUACUUUACCUACAGUGCAAUAUCUAGUUGAUGAAUUACACAUGAAUGUUAAUACAGCAGGUUAUAACAACCUGACACCGUUAUUUUACUGUUUUAAAUCAAGUGUAAGUCCUGUAGAUAAAAUACAAUAUCUAGUCAGUCAUCAGGCCGAUAUUAACGCUAGAGACGGUAAUAAUAAUACCAUGUUACACGCGGCAUAUGGUACUUUAUCAACAGUACAAUAUCUAGUUUAUUGUUUACAUCUAGAUGUACCAGUUAAGAAUAAACGUGGUGAAACAGUUCUAGAUUAUUGUAGAUGGUCAGACACUGAAUUAAAAGAAAAGAUAACAUAUUUCAAGAACAACUACAACUGACGUGUUUCGGUAUGUCACGUCACGUCACGCCUUGUCACAUCUGCAUUCAUGUUACAUCAUAAAUUGUUGAGUAUAAUGUGGAAAAACCUGUCAUUUUAAAGUCUUAAUAAACCGGAAGUAAUACUUCAUGACCGAAAUUUUUUGUAUUGUUAGGUCAUCAUACAUUUAAGGGUCAUGGAAAGAUUAGGGCACCAUCUAGAUGGUGAAAAGUAGAACAAACUUUAAAAUGAAACCGGAAGUAAACAAAAUAAAAAUUCAAAACUCGGCUCCCUAAGGAUUAUUGCCAUUUUGAGUAGAUCCAAUACAAAAAAAGUUUUCAAAAAUCGGAAUUAAAAUGGCGGCUGAAUAUCGAUUUGAAUGUUUUGGGGAAAAUCCAAUAUGGCGACCAUGCGGUUGAAUAUGUUACAGAACAAGGUCUUUGAAAAUGAAAGAUAAUAUCUGGGGCAAACACCACCGUAUGUCAUUUUUUGUCUAUUUUUGAAAUGGGGAGAACUAUUCAUUCCGGAAGCCGUCACAAAAUGCCAUGUUGAAGGCCUCGAUGUGUUCCUUAUUCCUACUAAGGUUCAACUUGAUACCUCAAAUAGUGACGGAGAUAUGCCAUCUUGAAUGUCGAAAAAUGAUGAAGAAAACUAUCGCAAAACUUUGAUGCUAGUAUUAAUCGAGUGAACUUCCGAAUUUCUAAAAAUCGUCAGUCAAAGCCUAUAUGGGAUUCGUCCAAAGAAUCUAAAAAUGAAAACCCGAAAAAGAUCCGUUGAGAAAUAACCGAGAUAUGGGCAAUCUAAGAUUAUUUUUUGUCCCAUGCGUAAAACACUUCCUGUUCGUCAAAAAUGGCCCAAUUUAUAUUUAUUAAAUAGAUCCGCGGAGGUCAAACAACAUCAACAGUUAAAACUACAGAUGACGUAUUUGUACUUUAUCUACAGGACUAAUACUGUGUAUAUAUUUAUUGUUUAUGUUGCUGUUUAAUUUAUUCAAAAUGUUUCCAAUAUUUUAUUGUAUAUAUUUAUUUUUAAUAAAUACUACC